AUGUGUGAUGCUUUCUAUGAUAUAAGUGCCCAGUUGGGGCCCAUCCUCGAAAAGGAUAGCGUCCGGAGCUUCCUCCGAUUAUUUGUCAACGAGCCAGGAAUGUCAUGGGAUUUUGCCAUUACUGCACAAACAUUAACCUACAUGGUCGGUUAUAAUUCACUACGAUGUGCGAAAGUUGCAUUGGAGGGCAAGGCACCUGAGCUCAAUAGGCGGCGUGCCAAUCCGAACUGCAUUAACCCAUACGGAUACUUUCCCCUCCAUGAAGCUGCUGAAAGAUUCUCCAUUGACAUGAUCAAAUUACUCUUCCGUCACGGUGCAUCUGCCAAUGUACGCACCAUCGGUGCUAACAUAAUUGAGGACCUGCUCCCACUUCAUGUUGCAGUUGAUAAUACUUGCCUGCAUAAGUAUUUAGAGGACAAUAUGUAUCCUAUUCAGUAUCAUCAGAAUUAUAUCUACAAGCUUAUCCAUCUUCUGUGUCUACCUGAAAUGAAGAUCUUCUUGGAGACUACUAGACUGCUUGCAACAAGAACUGACAAUCUAAUUGAUGAGCUUUGGAAGUACAUGGAGGAUGGCAAGCUUAUACAGUCCGCAGUUUUGUUACUGUCAGCUCAAGAACAGAUCCGUGGGGGAUGUUCAACCAAAAUAAAUGGCAAUAAUAAGCAGGGUGGAUUUAAUAUUCUGAUGCAUCGUAUAAUGAGAAACUCUAUUGCCCUUAGAUGGGAGAAAUCUGAAAAUGGAAAUUCACGGAAGCAGCUGGAGGAAAAGAGAGCACUGCUGGAUUGUACAGCGCUGCUUAUUGAUAUAAUUUACCAGGCUGGUGAAGUUCUUUCUGCAUACAUUCAGACACAUUCAGAGGUGCCACAUGUGAAUGUUCUGGAUCGUGUUUCAUCUAUCCUUGGGGAGUUUGGGUUUCACACAACCGGAGGGAUUAUUGAUGCUAACAACCUCCACCCCUACGACUGCAUCAUGACUGGCAAUGAUUUACGUCGUACAGAUGUGACCAAGGCAAUUACAGAAACAGCUAACCUGCAUGAUGCAAAGGGAAAGACUCAGAGAAAGAAGCUACCAAAAGGAUGGGAUCCAACAUACAUGAAGAGAAGAUUUUUCCCAUUUUGGAGGUCAGUGUUACGAUCCCAGAGUCCUUUGAAGAUCUACCCGCGGUAUGCAGCAACAGAUGCUGAUUCUUUUCCUGAUAUUGAGCUGUUUAACACCAAUCCAAGUAUCUCUUCAAGCUCCACUUCAAUUCCAAAUCGUAAAAUGUCAUUGGUGGGCCGAGCUCCACAACUAGCAAGCAAUCUUCAUUCCAUGAGAUUAUAUGCUACUGCUGCAACCAAGCUCUUGAAGGUGCUGAAGAAUGCAUGAGUAUAAAGGUGCUGCAACCAAGCUAUAUUUAGUUAUAGAGUGCAUUGAGUUUCGUUCUUUUUUAUAGACGCAGCUGAAUGUAUUCGGCUGGCAAAAAGAAGAAUACCAAUGAAAAUAGGUGGAAAGUAAAGCUGCUCUUUUAGAAACCACUUCCUGUUUUCACGUUUCUUUCUUUUUCUAAUCUAAUUACAGACGUAGACGUUUACAAACACGAGCACACACUCAUCCCUA